CCCGGUGUAUCUGCGGUGACCGGAAGCGGACGCAGAGUGAGCCCUCUGUCCUUCUGUCCCAUCUCUGCUCGCUGUCUCUGCUACGGAAGACAUUUUGAGUCGGUGCGCUCCGUUAGAUGUGACUGGCAGCGUGAAGCCAGCGCCGACGUGCGGGGAGCCUGUCCUCUUUUGUCCCGACUGACGGACUUCCAGCUAGAAACGAGGCCAAGAGGCGAUUUGAAAAAAAAAGUCACCGGCAUUAUUUAUUGUUUAAUCGGCGUAUGUGUAGCCUAGCUAGCUAGCGCCGCGCAUCGAGCCAGCCACAAAAAGCCAGCCGAGUCCUAGAUGCUAGCGAGUUAGCAUCACCUAGCUGGCCUCCUCCUCCUCCUCCUCCUCGACAGCCGGUCCCUCAACACACACAAAAUGGCUUUAAAGCGAAUUCACAAGGAACUAAACGACCUGGCCAGAGAUCCUCCGGCUCAGUGCUCUGCUGGGCCCGUCGGCGACGACAUGUUUCACUGGCAAGCUACUAUUAUGGGUCCUAGCGACAGUCCCUACCAGGGUGGUGUAUUUUUCCUGACUAUUCAUUUCCCUACAGAUUAUCCCUUCAAACCUCCCAAGGUCGCCUUCACGACAAGAAUUUAUCACCCAAAUAUUAACAGUAAUGGCAGCAUCUGCUUGGAUAUAUUGAGAUCACAGUGGUCUCCAGCAUUAACUAUCUCUAAAGUCCUUUUGUCCAUUUGUUCUCUGUUAUGUGACCCGAACCCUGACGACCCGCUAGUGCCAGAGAUCGCCCGCAUCUACAAAACAGACCCCAACAAGUACAACAAGACAGCUCAGGACUGGACUCAGAAGUACGCCAUGUGAUCCCGGCCGGCUCCGCCUACUUCCUCAUAGCUGGAACAAACUCUCAGUUACGGUUUUCUUUUUUUUUUUGCCCAUUUGGCCACACCCCCUUCUCAUCAGCCAAUAACAGCAGUUUGUUUUGAUUUUUGGCCCCUCCCCUCCCUCCCUCCCCCUUACUCCUCCUCCCCUCGACUUAAAACGCUUUUUAGAAACUCUUCAUCUGCCCGUUCUCCGCUUUCAAAAGACGCCAAGGGCUGAGAGCUGCCGGAGCAUGUUACCUGUACAGAAACACCACCGCCACUUUGUAAAGAGCUCUGCUCCCGACAGGAAGGUGCCAACUCCAACAAAAAAAAAAUUAAAUAAAAUAAUAAAACAAAAAAAACAAAAAAAAUACCAUGUUAAAACCACAGAUUCUCCUCAUGCCGUCAUGUUUAACGGGGGUCAACAUGGUGCAAUCACGUGUCUGUGAGCUUUUACCAAUAAGUAGUAGGGAACUCGAGGUCUGUGAAUAUUAUCCACUCACUAUUAAAACUGACUGUUUGAAUAGAGAACUGCUAAAAAAUACACCUGCAGGUUAAUAAGAAAAAAAAAAACAUUUUAUGCAUGUCAAUAAUAGAAGUAAUUGGUUCAUGUGCUGCUGAGAAACGGAUCGAGGCGAGUCUGAGUGCAGAAAUGUCCACUUGAAAAAAAAAAAAGAAGAAAAAAAAAAGGUGAUCUGGGUUUUUUUCUUUCUCUUUUUUGUUACCGUUCUUUUUCGGGUGUUUGUUUUUAGACCGGAGAGCCAUUAGUUUAUCCAUCAUCCACAACACUGUUCUCUUUUUGCACUGAAGAUGUUAUUCAAAGCUCUCAACGGCUGAUUGAUCAACUAAUAGCUCUGCUAUGUGAUGGUUUAUUUUUUUUCUCAAUAAAGAUGAACAAAUUGCAA